GUGUGCAAUAACUACCCAGAGGAUCUAGGGGCAGCUCUAUACCGGGAGCCAUUUGACUUUAACGCCGAGCCGCCUUGGGAUCCUAGCUGAUAGUGGACGAGUUCAUCCCCGGACUCAUCCAUUUUGUUGCAUAAGGACCCCAGGGGCUCGAGUGGGAGUGAGCAAGACCACUUUGGACUAGUCACAAUCUUUAUGCCUGUCGGACUCGAAGAGAAGGGUUGAGAGGAUGAAAGGAAUCGCCGACGAACCGCAGUAUUCUGUCGGGCUGCUGGAGGGCGGCACGGCCCUCUGUGAUGUGAUCGACAGUCACAUUUAUGAACAAACACUGGCUGAGAAGAAUGCAUUUUUUGUGGCUGACCUGGGAGUCAUAAUGAGGCAACAUGUUCGCUGGCGAACCUAUAUGCCGCAGAUUCGACCUUACUACGCUGUUCGAUGUAACAGCAGCCCAGCUGUGAUUGAGGUUCUUGCUGCCCUUGGCACCGGCUUCAUAUGCACCAACAAGUUUGAACUUGAGCUGGUGCAGAGCCACGGUAUCCCCUCUGAAGACAUCUUAUACAGCGGCGUCUGCAAACAGGUCUCCCAGAUUAAAUACGCUGCUAAGAACGGCAUCGACCUCCUGGUGUGCGAUAAUGAAGCAGAACUCCGCAAGAUUUCUCGCUGCCACCCCAAUGCCAAGCUGCUGCUACAGGUGUCGACCGAAGCGUCGAACCCGGACGAUGAGAUGAGCAUGACUUUCGGCUGCUCCCUCAAGGACUGCAGGCGCCUCCUCGAGAGUGCCAAGGAACUGGGCGUGCAGGUGGUUGGUGUCAGAUCUCACAUUUCCCGUCCCUGCGAGGACGACCAGGUGUACGUUCACGCCAUCUCUGACGCUCGCUGUGUCUUCGAUAUGGGAGAGGAAAUUGGCUUCAACAUGAAAAUCUUGGAUAUUGGAGGUGGAUUCAGUGGCUCUGAGACCCAGCUUGAACUGAUAAACAAUGCGGUCAUGUCCAUGGUGGACCUAUACUUCCCCUCCUCCACUGGUGUAAGCAUCAUCGCUGAGCCUGGAAGCUUCUUUGUGAGCUCUGCUUUCACCCUGGCAGCCAACGUCAUUUCUAAGGAGGUGUUGGCCCGCGAUCGCCAGGACCAGAACCACGAUGAUCCGUCCCCCAACGAGGAGCCGGAGUUUCAGUACUGCAUGAACGAGGGGGUUUAUGGAUGCUUCGCCAGCAAACUGUCUGAGGCGGUGAUCGCUGCUCCCUCCGUUCACAAGAGCACUCUCCUGGAUGCUCCGGUGUUCAGCAGCAGUCUGUGGGGUCCCUCUGGAGACGACCUGGAUCAGGUGGUGGAGCACUGUCUGCUACCCGAGCUCAGCGUGGGAGACUGGCUCGUGUUCGCACACGCCGGGGCUUACAGUCUGGGUCAGCCGCUGGGCAGCUCCUCGGACUCGUCUCCUCCUCCCGUAUACUUCGUCAUCUCCUCCAGGGACUUGUUUGAGAUGCAGGACACCGGUGUGACCCAAGAGGCAACCCUCAAGAACUUCUCACUGGUCCCUUACUUUCUCAGUUCCUGCCAAACAGAGGCGGCACUGUCUCUCCCAGCUUAGCCGUCAUCUCUCCAGGAGGGCUUUCAGCUUCUCUCGCCUGUUUUUCUGCUGCUAGCUUCCUCUGGUCGACAUUCCACCGGGAUGAAGUAUACCGACUGUGCAGAAAGAGCUUGAAAUCGCUGGGACCAGAUUGGAUUAAUGUAAUAAAACCCCGACGUUCAGCUGUAGUAUGUGACUAGACCUGGAAUCUGAAAAGUAGAUUUAAUGUAGUAUGCAACAAAAUGGAUGAGUCUGGAAGAGAACGAUGCAUUCUUCUCUUUGCUUUGCCCUAAUUAAAACCACAGUUUACACUCCUACACUAGAGCGAUAAUGAUUUUCAGUGAUUCUAUUUGACAGAUGUAUUAUAUAUAUCUCCAUUGCUGUUGCCAGUCUUGUAAAGUAAGAUAUGUGUCCCUGUGUGAAGCGGCAGAAACACACUCCUGACGUUUUGUUGAUAACUUUGCUACAAAAUCUGUAUUUAUGGUUUUAAUUGGUUGUAAUUUUUUUGUGUGUGUGUUCCAGGAGCUUCACUCAGUUAUUGCAUUUAUUAUUAUCCAUUGUCCUUGUCAGUGUUUUAAAAGCAGGAGCUUGCAGUGCAACUUUGCUGCAAACGUGAAGGUCCAUUUACACAUCUUUCCGAUGUCGUGAAUAAAGCAUGUCUCAUCAGUG